UCGAGGAAUCAUCAGCCUGCAGAAAUGCCACCACGGUUGGAGGACGGAUGCGAGAGCAAUGUCCAUAUGGCUGGCGCUGCUGGAUUAGAUCCGCACACAACACACGACUCGACCGUGGCUAUAGAAAAUACAGUACCCCAUGGACACAGGCUGGGUACGGGGACCGGUCAGGUAUCUUCUGCUACAACUGGUUUGACCGGCACGUGUAUAUAUUCUCUGGAGUCACCUGCUCUUUCUACUUCGAACUCGAGCAGAGCUGAUGGUCACUUUGUGAACACCAUGGGGGAUAUUGCUUACGCGACCAACGCUCCGACUAGGGAUAGGAAAAGCGGGUCACAACCUUCGAGGACUUCGACUUCGGCCACGACUACAACUACAACUACGGUAAUCGCUAUGAACGAAACUUCGGACGCGUCGACCUCCGCGCAUACAGUCCCACCUACAACGACCGAUGAACAGGGCUUCGAUGGUAACGAUUUUGUUCAUCAGGACAACCCGGACAACGCAACCCCUCGUCGCCGUAACAACACGGCAUGCUUCCGUUGCCGACGUCGCAAAAUCCGCUGCUCGUUUGCCGAUCCUGCCAACGCUAACAAUCCCAAUAUUAACGAAACGAGAUGCUUCAACUGUCUUACUGGGAACCAUAUUUGCUCCUUCGCCGAUAGACCCACGGGCCAACCUCGUCGUCGUUCGAGUAACGGCAACUCUCGCCAAGACCCUCCGGGUGGCACUUCGAACAACAACUACCAUGGACAUCACGGAACCUCCAACAGCUCUACCGGCAAUGGCUCUGGAUCAGGCACGACAACCUACAACAACGGUGCUAUCGGGACGGUCUGGCAGGCCGUUCCGGCCCUUCCACCCAGGGCCUCGUCCCAACAAGACCCGAACUACACCUCUCCUACGAGCCCUACCUUCUCCAAUUAUACGCACACGCAUACAAAUUCGACCUCGUGGCACCCUAUCUCAGCUACACCUCACGGCAAUACCUUUUGGACUCGCCCUUUGGGACGCACGACUUCUACGCCCGGGCCGCCCAACACUGGUGUGUUUGCCGGCAACACGACGACGACCCCCCGCCCGUCUUCUUAUCCGGAGGCUCGUCAUCAACAUAGACGCCGCACAUCGUCCUUUCGUGGUUUGAAUAAUUCGACUUCCUCCCGCCCGCGCUCGCCCCCCAAGACGAAGCCUAGCGCCGGUCCCAUAUCGGUCACGACAACUUCGUCCAUUCCCGUCGCGCAGCCUGUCAUGAGUAGUCCUACUACAACUAUGUCCAGUAUUCCUGGACCCGGACCAAUGCCUGGUGCUUGGUGGACGCCUCCGAAUCCUUCAACGAUGCCGCCGGAGAUGCUGGGUACGACCGACUUGGAUGCCCUCACCGGUAUGAGGCUCGUCAGCAUCACGUCCCAUUUGGCACAGACUACGGCUAUGGGCAAUGUUGCUCCUGGAUUGUCGUCUUGGGGUGGCUUCUGUCAAGGACAGGCUCCGGCUAUGGUUGAACAUGGGACUACGAACCCAACUAUGACUGCUGGUGGUCAUUGUCAGGGGACACCACAGGAUCCUUCGAGUGGGAAGGUUACUGAGAGACCUAUGCUUGGCCAUAGGCGUGGUUCGGGGUUCGGCUCUAGGAGGGCUACUAUGCCGGCUGAUGGGUAUACGACCAGUGGUUCGGGGUCCAACACAGCUACAUACGGACAAGGGCAAGGACAGGGUUCUGGUGCUGGUGUUGGUGUAGGCAUUGCUACUUCUACUGGAUGGCAGUAUUAUCCUCAAGGGCACCCGUAUGGACCUACGCCCGCGACUGGUCAACAUGUUUACAACAUCCCAACCUCUACUCAGCACCCUUCCGCACCCUCGCCCUACAACCACACUAUGUCAGAGUCUUCGAAUUCAUAUUCGAGUCUUCAGACUACACCCUCAGUCGGUAACACCCAGACGCAGCCCGUCUUUGCCAGCCAUAUGGAGAGCCAAGAUUCCGACCUUGACGGUGAUUCCCGCGCCCACCUGGACGAACUGGGGCGCCCUGAAGAGCUCGACAUGCUCGCCCACGGUAACGGGUGGAUCAUGAGAUCGACUUGAGACUCAGCCAAAAUUCGUUGGGGAUGCGGAUGAUUGACGAUACUAUUCUAUUCUAUCUCAUUACCAAAAGAGAAGUUGGAGCAGCCAAGGUCCACGCUGGGGCGUCGCCUGGCUGGCUUUUCGGUUUAUGAUAUGAUACAUCACUAUUGGGAUUUUUGAACACGCCAUAAGCAUAUUGGUUUUUGAACACUAUGG